CGCGGGUCGAGCGCGGAGCCGUCCCGCUCCGGCCAUGGCCUAAGCGGGAGGGCGGCCGGGGCAGAAGAUGAGUUUCCAGGCGGAGGACGGCGUGGGCAGCCUCUGCCACAAGGCGCUGCAGAUCAUCUCGGAGCUGUGCCUGGGCGGGCAGGUGGAGCGGGAGAAGUGCGCUGGCAUCUUCCCCCUGGAGACGGCCCGGCAGGGCAUCGGUGGCACAGACGUCUCAGUCAGUCUGUUAGCAGUAGUUGUCAGCUUCUGUGGGCUCGCCCUGCUGGUAGUCUCGCUUUUUGUCUUUUGGAAGCUGUGUUGGCCCUGCUGGAAGAGCAAACCUCUCACUUCCAAUGCCAGUAAUGUCCCACAGAGCAACUCCAGUGCUCCUACAGAGGUUAUGGAGACCAGUGAGAAAAAGGAAGUUAAAGAAAAUGGGAAACCUACAACAAAGGUACUUGAAGCUGCACUGAAAAUUAGCCACACUUCACCAGAUAUACCAGCAGAGGUCCAGAACGCACUGAAAGAGCAUCUGAUCAGACAUGCUCGCAUGCAGAGGCAGAUCACUGAGCCCACGUCGUCAUCAAGGCACAAUUCUUUCAGGAGGCACUUGCCAAGGCAGAUGCAAGUGUCCAGUGUUGAUUUUAACAUGGGGACAGAUCCGAUUUUGCAAAGGGGAGAGACGACAACCAGCAUUGGGAGAAUAAAACCAGAACUCUACAAACAGAAGUCUGUGGAUUCUGAUGGGCAACAAGAAGAUGUGAAAACAUGUGGAAAACUUAACUUCACUCUCCGGUAUGAUUAUGAAAAUGAACUUCUGGCUGUCACAAUUGUCAAAGCCUUAGAUCUGCCUGCUAAAGACUUCACAGGAACAUCCGACCCCUACGUUAAGAUUUAUCUGCUUCCAGAUAGGAAAAAGAAGUUUCAGACACGAGUUCACAGAAAGACAUUAAAUCCUGUCUUUGAUGAAACCUUUCAGUUUCCUGUAGCCUAUGAUCAACUCAGCAACAGGAAAUUGCAUUUCAGUGUUUAUGAUUUUGACAGAUUUUCUAGACAUGACAUGAUUGGGGAAGUUAUUCUUGAUAACCUUUUUGAAGUCUCAGAUCUCUCCAGGGAAGCCAAUGUAUGGAAAGACAUCCACUGUGCCACCACAGAAAGCAUAGAUUUGGGUGAGAUCAUGUUUUCCCUUUGUUAUUUGCCUACUGCUGGGAGAAUGACAUUGACAGUCAUCAAAUGUAGGAAUCUCAAAGCAAUGGAUAUAACUGGAGCAUCAGAUCCCUAUGUCAAAGUGUCACUGAUGUGUGAGGGACGAAGACUGAAAAAACGGAAAACCACCACAAAGAAGAACACCCUCAAUCCCGUUUAUAACGAGGCCAUCAUCUUUGAUAUCCCUCCAGAGAAUGUGGACCAGGUCAGCCUCUCCAUUGCAGUGAUGGAUUAUGAUCGAGUAGGGCACAAUGAGGUCAUUGGGGUGUGUCGGACAGGCAUUGAUGCUGAAGGGCUUGGAAGAGAUCAUUGGAAUGAAAUGUUGGCUUACCCACGUAAACCAAUAACUCACUGGCAUCCACUAGUGGAGCUACCUGGCCGAGCAACCAGUUUUGAUAGCCAGGGAUCCUGUUCAUCACCAAAACCUCCACUUACGCCCUAAGGAACAAGAGUGGAUUCAUCAUGUUCGGUGUCCAAAGCUCCCUGUCGUCUACAUAAACAGAAGGUUCGGCUUCCACAGAUGAACUGUAUCCAUAUUUUUUUAUUAAGAUACAUUUUUCCUAUUCUAAGUCUUAUUAUGCAGUUUAUAAUAAUUUCUUAAUGUAUGAGUGAAGCUGACUCAAGUAAAAUAUAACCCUUCCUUGUGCAAAUUCAUUCACCUAUUUUAUUGCUGGCAUGUAUCCAGUGUCAUAGCCAAGCACUGUUUUGAUAUGACCUGUAUCUUUGCAUAGACAAAGAAAUCAGAGAAAAAAAAAAUCCCUUAAGCAAUUCAAAAGUACUGCAGCUUGUAACACCUAAUUCUUUUGAGGGAGAGCAAAUAGUAUAUAUAUAUAUAUCAUAUAGUAAAUUUCUUCUAAAUUGCACUAAAUCCUGAGAGACUUUGCAAGAUAGCAUUCCAAACUGAAUGUUGCAUGAAAAAACAACUGUUGUCAUGUUUUGAGUGUAAAAUCAGCUCAUUCCUCGGGCAGGGAGAAAGGGCUGAUCAAAAGUCCACCAAAGCCAAUGACAAUGACCUACUGGCUUUGCUGGGUUUUAGUUCAACCCUUAUGGAACAGGGACCAGAACUGGAUCUAUGCAGUUAUAAUCUUCCAGCAAUCACAAUGCCGGCUGCCCCUUGUUAUCCUGUCCAGCAAAGCAGCCAGGCAGGUGCCCCCAGGCAGGUGGCUGCCCUCAGGAGAUGGUUUGCUUCAGCUGCCCAGUGGCUGACGAAGAGCUGUUUGGGGUGUCUCUGUGUGGCACUGACAGUCCGUGUACGGGUAUCGCUGUGGAAAGCUAAUGUCUCUGCAGUGAGGUGUGUGGAGGUGGAUGCAGCUCCACAAGGAUGUAGGUGUCUCCUGAUGAGGUGCAUCCAGCCCCUCAAAACAGCCCAAUUGUUGCUGACAGUCCUUGCUUGAUGUUUACACAAGUCAAACUAGUGUAAACUAGGAGAGAAUGCUCUGAAGUAAAGGAGUUGAUUUAAUGUGUUUUAUCUGUUCAGAAAAUUGAACAAAUACUGCUGUUACCCAGAACACUUUUCAGAUUCUAUGGUUUAAUGUGAUAGAUUUAGAUUACUUUGAAGUUAUUUUGACUGUGUGCAUAGUGCACGUGGAAUAGCUUCUGUUCACCUGCUGGAUAUCUCUAGAAUUAUAUACUAAAUAUGAGUUUGAGAUAUGUUUUCUGUCAGUAUAUGGAGAGAGAAAUUGAAAUGUAGCUAUUUUAUAAACUAGUAAACUCAUUUAUUAGAAUACACAGUGACAGCAAAUGCAACAAACUGUUGGUUGUAGUCAGAUGCUUUAAAAAUUAGAAGAGAACUACACAUUAUUUUGUAAAUUUAUCUCUUUUAAACACUGUAGUUUACCUCAAUUGGAUAAAUCAGAUAGUUAUUUCCUUUUCUCUUUUUACUAUUUUUUGUCUUUCUGUGAAGAGCAUGGCAAAGACUGCAUAAUUGGGUCUGAGAUUUUGAAAGCUGAACUGUAACUAGAAAUAAGUUGAGGUAGUGGCACUUUUUGUAUCUUUGCAAUAUAUAAAGAAAACUGAGGAGAUAGUGUUUCCCAAAACAGCAUUUUUACAGAAAAAAGGUGUCAUACAGAGGAUUGGGUUAAUAUAAUGAAAGAAAUUAUGAGAAUUAAUCUAGAUAUGAAGGGAAAAGGUAGUUUUGGCAAAAUUCUGAAGAACUAUUUUGGUUUGGUUUAGCCUGGCUGACACAGAAUAUAUUUAUGAAGAUCCAGUCCUAAGGCAGUCAGUCAUGACUUGAAGUGUCUUAACUGCUCCAGGAAAGUUAGGAAGGCUGGUCCUAACAUUGUAAGUGUUUCUAAGUCAAAAAAAGGAGGCGGGUUUUACACCUUGCCUUCUGUGACUACAAACACAGCAAACAAGGAAAUAAAUACAAAAAUCAAUCUUUCAGACAGACUUUACAAAUUAAUUACAAAAAAAAAAAAGAUAAAAGCAGAAAAAAAGAAAAGGCUCGAACCCAAGUUUAAGAAUGUUUGUUUCAGGUUGCUUUUCAUGGCUUCUAGGCAGAAAUGGUUUCUCCCAGAGAGGGUUGGUAAUUCUGAACACUAAUUCUCCCUGCUUAAGAUUUCAUCACCAUAAAUACAGAGUGGCCUUGCAGAAUUUCAUUCCUUCAUUUGCUCUGGGUGAGUAAUUUUUUUAACAGGAGAACAAGCUCUCCUCUGUGAGCUUUUUCCUCCUAUCAUUAUCUUCAUGAAAUUCUGUGCCCUAGUUCAUUUUCAACAUGAUUCUGCAAGGUUGAUAUAGAAACAGAUAUAUAUAUACAUAUAUGUGGAGAUUGAAAAACUAUUUUGUGUAUACAUUUAUCUUAAUAUAAAUUAUAUUAGCAGUGGCCUUUGUGGCCUAGAAAAUACUUUUUGUAAUGUGGUACUGUAACAGUUAACUAAAUAUUCUUUGCACUUUUUUGCACCUAAUAUCCAAAAAGCUAACAAUUUCAUGAUCAAAUGUAGCAUAAUUGUUCAGCAAUGAGCAACAUAUUUUUAACUAUUUCAUUGUUCUCUCUGAGUAUUCUGUAUGUUUCAUCAUAGGUAGGAAGGUAUUUCAAAAUUCUUUUUCUUAAAUUUUAAUUGUUGUCAAAUACCAAAGGCUCAGUUUGUGCCCUCUUGUUGUGUUAUUUUUGAUAUUGUUAAUAACAAUAGUGAAUGACUUCUGUGUCUAAACUUGAUUGAUGGGUGCUCUGCAUCUAGGAAAAAUCAGGCUGCAAAAUUAUUGGCACACCUAAUUUCAAAGAUGAUGCCCUAAUAAAUUAUAUUUAGUCCCUUAACGGCGAUUAAUAGAAUUCAUGCAGAAGAUAUUUUUUCCCAACUGCUUUCUUAACUAUCUCAAAAGACAGAGUAUACACUCAGUAUAACCAAUCUAUUGGCUUUAGAGCCUGGUUCACAAGUUAGUCUGAGUGUAAUCACAGAAGCCUUGAGGAAAAGCUUAGCACAGUUUAAGUCAAGAAAUGUGUUGCUUUACGUAUAUCUUUAUUAAGAAAUUUAAAAUAUUUUAAUUUGGAGAAGUUGUAAAUUUCCUACUCCCACCCUGAAUUCUUUUUUGAUUUUGUUGUUGCUUAUCCACAUUUCUACCAUAUCUCACACAUUAGUCUAAAUUGAGAAAAAUGAAAUCUGGCAAAUGUUUGGUGUAAAAUAUAUUGUAGUAAUUUUACAACCAUUUGAAAAGCUUAGUUUCGUAAAAACCUGAAUUAUUUUUAUUGAAGCAGUUUACUGGAAACAGCAAGAGUACUUAAUAAGAAUUGUAUUUAGCAUGGCAUAGCUUUUUUAUGCUCAAUAAGAUGCUCAAUAAGAUGUCAGUCACUUACUGCACUCCAUGACCUCAACUUUAGGUGACAGCAUUGCACACUUCUGCUCAUAUGGCCCUUCUCCUCACCCUCCCAGCCAGCAACUACCCCUAUCCCCACCAUCUUUUGUCUAUACUGAACUUCUGUUCAAGGAGUAAAAAACUGACCCUUACUUUUGUCUGCAGUGCUCAAAACUGAGUCCUGGCCUUAAAAAAUUCGCAAUAUGAAACAUGUGGGAUCUUGACCAAAAGGUGAAGAAUGCACCACUCAUUUUCAAAGAGCUGUCAAGGAAGUAACCUCCUUUCUCUACAGUCCUUUGUGAGCAUCAGACAUUCAUACAUCAGCAACCUUGCCUGAUGUUCUGCUUUGAACAAGCCCUUAAAGAGCAAUAUACAUAUCUCAGGGAUGUGUAUAUUGGUCAGAGACAGAUAAAGUGGUCAGAAAUUCCGCCGUAAAAUUUUUUCUUCAGUAUAUGGAAUUCUUUGGACUUCUUGUGUUUAAGUGACAAAACUAUACAUUUUUCUUAAAGAAUCCCAACCACAUUCAAUAUUUUUGAAGAAAAUGUUGAGCAAACAGGGAAUGUUUCCGUUGAGUUGAUUUUUUCCAAGGGGAUAAGCAAUCACUUACCUAAUUUCUUUCUAUGGAUGCAUUUUUGGAGCAAUAUUAAGAAAACUUUGGGUUUCAAAAACAAAGACAUUUGAUCCAUCCUUUUCUCCUCCUUCUUUGUUUUUUUUUAAUUGGCUUCAAUGUAAUCUCCUUUUAAAAAUAUUUAACAUGAUGAUGCACAACAUACACAUGAUAGUCUAGUUCUAAGAUUAUUUUGCUGUGUCUUUUUAUAAACUUUUAUAUGUACUAACUUUUUAUUACGCUCCAUUAAUUUAACAAGCUUUAUACAUCUGAAAUCAUUUGACUGUAUUUUUUAAGUGAAUAAACACUUAAAAGGAGGGUGUUUUAGAACUCAGCAAUAGAGUUCUUCUCCUGCUGAAAAUGUAAAGUUUUUCAGAGAUCCAUAAAUGUGCCUGCAAAAUUUGAAAAUCACCUUAUUGGAGCAUGCAAAAACCUAGGUUUGCACAUACAAGUAUUUGCACUUGCUAAAUGUACAAUCACUAUUAUUUAGCACUUCUCUUACAACGGAACACCCACACCUAAUCAGAAAUAUGUUUCAAUUCAUAAUAAAUACUUGACAAAUCUGUGCUGAGUGAUAGUUCUUUGACCUGAAAAGUUCAUAUGACAUUAUUUCUACAAAUGAAUGUGCUUGAAAAUUCUGUAGGUGUUAAAAUAUGAUUUAUGUGUUACUCAGACAGUGAGGUGACUUUUGGACUAAGCUCAUGUAGUAUGCGUUAGACCAUCCAAAAUAUGGAUAAAAUGUAGUAUAUAUGACAGGAGUAUUAAUGCAUAUUUUGAUGGGAAAUAUUCUCUCGUAUUCACACCAGUGGAGAUUUAGUUUAACCCUUUGCUUGAGAUUCACUUUCAUCUAGCUUCUGAGGCUUGCCAGUCUAAACUGAGCUCCCUGGUGUCAGAAAACAGCUAAAUCAUGGCACAGAGCAGACCCCAGAGCUAAGAAAGACAAAGGAAAAUGAGGCAGUAGGCACAAAGCUGUUCGAUGCAACUGCCAGUGCUCUGAAAUGGAAACCUUCCUUUCGAAACAUAAUAAUUACAAUAGUCAUAUCAUUUGUCCUUUCUUUCUGUACUGUAAAACAGGACAAAAGAAGCAUGUCACUGAAAAAGCAUCAGCAUUAGGCAUAGGAGAUAAUUGAGGUGCUGAUCAGAGCCAUUUGCCAUUUCCAAGGCAAAUAAUAACUUCAUUCCAAAAAGUAUCUUUUGUUUACUCAUCCAAAUGAAUAAACAUCUCCUGCACAAUUCCCCUUUUCCUUAACUCCAGCUGGAAACUGGCAAAUUUUAACAGCAUGCAGGAAACCAAGAGCUAGAAAUCUAAGAGAAAGUGAAGUUGGAGGUGGGAUUUAAAAUAUCACAGGGGAAUCUGGUCAGGGAAAUGGAACUAACACCUUCAAUCUUGUGCUGAGUGCUAGGGGAUGCUUGAUGAUAACAGGUGCUCAGGGCUGUGAUUUUAUGUUUUAUCUGAUAGUACCUCUACAGUGUUGCUGUUGCUGGGAAACCUCUUUACUGGUGCAGAGAGGAGAAUGCCUCUGGUAUUGCUAUGUAAAUUUUUUCCUCACAAGUAUAGACUGUAACUCUUAUGUCACAUGUGACUCAGUCCUCUGGAAGGGCAGAAAGCAUGUUAAAUUUGCAGAACAAGAAAAAUCAAUUAAAGUUUGGCACUGUGUCAUCAUGAGGACUAUUCACUUUGCUGAUACUAAGGACAAGUGUUGGUGCCUUACUGUUCCAAGGGAGGACAUUUCCCACAGCACUCUGUAUGUCUAAGCCUGUGUUGCCGUAUCAACAUUGUCAAAAUAUAACUAAUACAUAUAAAUACAGGUUAUAUAGGUUACCAGAACACCAAAGCUCUCUCCUGUGGGAAAGGCAUGAUGAAACAUAAGACAGUGUGCUCUGGAAUUUGGAUCCGCAGGAAGUCACAUAACUGCUGUGAUGAAAGUGGAGCUGCUCUGUAAUAAUUUAUGAAUACAAUAUGUUGCCUUGGCUAUUGGUCUUGAAUUGAGUUCACAAAGUAGACUUUGGAGAAAAACAGAACAGGCAGCAGAUCUUUGACAAGGGGACAACCUCUCAAAAGAAAGUGAACUUUACAAAAUGUUAAUGUCCAUCUUAGUGUUCUGGGAGAAUCUACUGAUGAUAGAGCCACUCUGAAAAAUGCAUCUCAACUAAGAUGUUGAAAUCUCAAGCAGGCAUCAGGAAAAAAGCAUAGGAAAGACCAAGAGAUCUGAUUGAGAAAGGACAUGAUUUAUGACUGAGCAGGCUGGGAAUGCAAGCUACUGCUGUAGUUUACAGAGAAAAUAAGCUUGGUUACUCUGCCUCUAAUGGAUAGGAAAGCUUGAGGCAGGACAGAUACGCAUAUAGAUUGUCAUUUUCAAAUCCAUUUAUUUAAAAUAUUUAAGUUUGCAUAUUUAAGCUUAAAUAUUUAAAUACCAUUCUAUUUUUAAUGAAGCGGAGUAUUCACAGACUCCCUGAAAGAAAAGUUGCAAAUCCAUUCAGACUCCUGGGCUGGCACAGUUAUGAGAGAGACAGCAAAAAGAAAGGAGAAUUGUGAAAUCCUACCUCUCCCCUGGAUAGGUGUAGUCAGGAAGACUGGUAGAAAAAGAGAACUGAAGACAGACCAAGGAAAGGACAAGGCCACAGCUAUCUCAUGACAACUUCAGGGUUCACAUAGUCAUUUAUUAGACAGAGCAUAACAAGAGUGCCAGAAGCAUGUUUUCAUGGCAGCAACAUACCCUUUAUACAGUUUUUCUCUCCCUCAAAAUACAAGCAUAUAAGUGGUUUUGAGACAUUCCUUUUAAGUAGUUCAGGAUCUUUUCACACCUUAGAAAUUCAAACCCCUGAAGUAAAGCAAAUCUAUCUGUGCAUCUACUCAUGAAAAAAAAAAAAACCAACAAAAAACAGGAAAUCAAAACUUUCUGUAAAAUCAAUAAAGCUCUAGAAUAUGCUUAAGGUUGCUUUCUGGUGUAGAAUAAUUGUAUAGAUUUAAGAUCUGAUGUCUUGAGACCUCUUAGGCUAAAAAUGAAAGGCUGGUUUUCCAAUUAUAAAGCAAUAUUUUCUGACAGGUGUAGAAUUCCUAGUUGCCUGCCCCUGUGUGAUUUUGAAUAUCAGAAAUGUUCUGACAAAUGCUUGUCAACAUAACAGACAGACAUUUUAGGCACUUAAGAUUAGCAUUGCCAGAAAAGAAUCUGUUUUUUUGGGACAGUUUCUAGGUUAAUUUCGGGGGACAAGAGAUUGUAGGUUGUUCCCUGUUCUCGUGAAGCAGAUACAUUUCCAUAAAUACAGUCCGCUGGAGGAGAGAGAUAAAGAGUGGGGUUGCUUUUUUCAAUAUGCUAUGAGUUGAGACUGAUAAUAGUUUCACAAGUGAAGAGGACUGAACAGGAAGACAUUUAAAACCUUUUGUGACAAUUGAGUCAUGAACAGGAGAGAAGAGAGAAGGGGAAAAGCCUAUUGAGUAUGUAAAGAGCCCUUUAGGAAAAAAAACCCAAAACCCUGUUGAAAAGUGGAAAAUAUAAAAAGGGGUUGAAUAGGGAGUCUUUUCAAAGACAAACAUGUAUGUGUAGCAAACAUUUCAAAAAAAGGGGGAUUUUUAAUGUAAUUCUCCUAAUUUAUAUCUUGUAUGGCCAUUUGCAACCUCGCAAGGUUAGUGGGAGCCAUGCUAUAGAACAUGAGUCAGUUAUUAAAAUAAAACCAGCCCCCCACACCACAGAUCAUGAUCACAGAGGAUUCACUGUGCAAAGAGCACUAGUGAAUGUGGAUGUGCUCAUGGCACAUCCUUCCUCCCUGAUCUUUUUCUUUCAGCAUAAUUGAGGCAAAAAAGGGAUGCUGCUAGCAUGCACUAAACACAUCCUCUCUACAUGUUGUAAUGGCCCCCUUUUUUAUUUGCACCUGGCAAAGGUUGGAAAAUCUCCAGUAGGUGAAAAAUAAUUUUUAUAUAAUGUCACCUCUUCACAUUAUCAAAGCUUCUGACAAUCAGUACUUGAAUUACCAAUAGAAAACACCUCUGAAAAUGCUGCUGUUGUACACAAGGUACUGGCUUUGUUUUCAAGUCAAGCCUAAACUAAUACCACACAAUGAUGGACGAGUUGUUGGGCCGUUGCAGGUGCUAAUUCUCUGGUGACUCAAAAAAAUGAAGUCAUAAUUACGGUAUAUUUCCCACCUAAUACCCCACGGGCCUUUGUGUAUGAAUAGAGUCCUGGAACUGAUGUCUCAGACAAAUCCCAUCUCCUCCUGUUCUUCCUAUUCAUGGAGGUUCAGCUGAAUAAUGAAUUCUUAUUCCUUUGUCCCAAAUUGUCAUAUAGUGCUGGGUGUACUGUGAAUGUUUUGUCCUGGGAGUGGCUGCCUCUUAUUGAAAAUCACAGUGACCAAUAGAGGACCAUUACUGCCCUCACCACAGAUUUCUGAGGCUUAAUUGUGUAAUAAUAGUUAUGAGGGAAAUGACUGCAUAGCUGAACAAGACAGAGAAUUGCCAGCUGUAAUUAUUUUUGUCAAAUGGGUGUGUGUGUAUCUUUCUUCUUUAUGUAAAUGGAGAAUUGGCUACCCAGAAAAUUAAAUAGGAAAUUUUGUGGACUCUCCAAAGAGCACUUCACACUGUUACAUUUAUUCCUUUCAACCUUUAUGUACUCUAAGUGUUUAAUGAUCUUAAUUAUCCUUAUAGCACAAGAACCUGAUUCAUUUAUUUAAACCUACAACCUUUUCAGUUCUUAGUCCACAAAGGUAACUUUGGGCUAGAAAAUCAAAACCCCUAACAAAAAAAAUAUAGCUUUAUCUUAGCCAACAACUGAAUCUUCACAGCUGGACUUUUUCUGUGUUACUCUGAAAGGGAGCCUGGCACUAUUGCACUUUAGCUACUUACCAGUAGCAGACAAACAAUUGUAGGUCAUAACCAGGUUUCAGAAAAGUUCUAAGGAUUAACCCCUAAAAUCCUGGGUCUGAUUCUGCACGCCCUCCAGACCCAGGGCAGCCCAUGAAGUUGAAGAGGGCUUGAUGAUGAGCAAUCUGUCCUGAGAAAAGAGAUUUCAUUCAACUAUACCAACACAUCUUCUAGAUUUUUCUUGCCUUGUUUUAUGCACUGUUGUUAAAAAUGGACUUUUUCUUAAGACAGAACUUUAUAAUUUAAUCUCUAGCAGGGCAAAAUGUGGUACUAAAGUACCAAUCUACUCAUGCACUGACCAUAGUAUUGAUGCAAAAAAAUUAAAAAGCCUUUUAGCAAAAGUAUCUGUGGCAGCAAAACAUAAAGAUGCUGACACAUAGAUAUUUUGCUUUUUAUGUGACUUUUUCUUAACAGAAUUAGAAUACUCCAGCUCCAAUUUUGGGCUAUCUCAAGAAAAACACAAAAUGGUAAAUGUAUUUAAUGUAGUUUUAAUAUUUAUUAAACUAAUAUAGCACAUAAAAGGAAUUCAAUUCAGCCUCUUAAGGUGUAGUAUUAACAAUACAUAUUUAUAUAUUUUGCAUUGCUGCAAAAGCUUACUAAAAUCUAUUCAUGACCUUAUUUCCAAUAUACA